AUGAUGAAUGGCGUGGGCCCACCGUUGAGGGGGGGCCACGAUAUGGAUGGAGAAGUGGUGGCAGCGACCCAGAGAGCCGCUACUACGACCUCUCCUCCGAUGAUGGAAGGAGCUCAGGAAGCUGCGGCCGGGAUCCCAGCCGCGGCCCCUGAUCUGGGUCUUGGAGGGCCAGUGAGAGGGGCUCAAUCACAGUCCUUGCCCACUCGCCUGCCAUCUACACUUGAAGGCUCGGGAAGGCCUCAGACUGCAGUGGCAGCGGGACAACAGACCGGGCAACAGACCGGUAUGCUGACUGGGAUGCUGAGAGCAGUUCAGACCUUGCCAGCUACUGUGGAAGGCAUGAUGACCCGAUCAACCGCUGGACGCUUCAGUCCAGGCCAACACGACAGCGUGGAGUAUGCUUCGGUGCGAUCUAUGGUAGAGGAAGUACCACCGGCACCGCCUUUGGAGCCGGAACUUCAGUUACCGCUGUUCGAUGUGCCGACCUUGAUGAGAAUGCAGCAGAUGCAAGAAACUGCUCCUCUGUUGUAUGCGGGAUCUUCCCGGGACUCCGCGGGACUCCGGGUGGCUGACGGGAUGGAUCCAACUCUGUCCAUGGGGCAGGAAGCUCCGAGGCCACCUUCGACGGCAUCCAGUGAGCUUCAAGCGGCGUUGUCAAUGGAAAACCACGGCCUUCGAAUGAGGGCCGAGUACGACGCUCAGGCCUAUCCGCCUCCUCCACCGCCUCCUCUGAUAGACCUCUUGAUGAAUGGGGCGCCGAGUGAAGCUCCUGUACCAAUCCCUCCGCCACCAAGGAAACCCUGUGCAGCCUUCCCCGACGGAGUAACCACACCUACGCUUGAAGGAGCCGGGACUGGCGCCGUCCCUGCGACGGCCGAGGCUUCGCUGUCUGUAGGCAACCAAGACCUAGUUUUGUGGACCAAAACAGUUGAGGAGGCUCAGGAGUGGUACACGAAGUACUUGAAAAUGGAUCCGCUCUCCCGUCUAACAGCCAAACCUCGUCCAUCUGAGGAGCUUGCACAGCCCAAGUGGUCGAGGGUUGCGAGACGCAUUGAAACCAUGAUAAUCACUGCGUCGCCUCAGGCAAUCAAGGACGAGUUGAGCGCGUCGAGAACAUCAGGACUUCUUCCCCUGCUCUGUCGUUUGUUUGUGAUCUACGGGCCGGGCAGCUUGACAGAGCGCGAACUAGGGUUGAAGCAUAUUACCGACCCCCCUGUGGGGAGUACCGUGCAGGAAGCUGUGGAUCUGCUUAGAAAGUGGGGUCGCUGGUGCCGUCGUAUGACGGAGCUCGGGGGCGUGUUGCCCGACAGUUCCCUGCAGGUCCGUGCUCUUUCGAAGAUCUGCCGAAACGUCCUCUCGCAAUAUCCAGAGGCUCAGGUUGCUGAACCGUCGCCCAAGGCGAGUCCUGGGGCCACGGUCCAAGGCACCCCAAUCACCCUUGCCUCCCUAAGCGCUCAGCUUGAUACGCUCCGUGCAAUGACUAGGGAUCCAGAGGUGAAGGUUUGUCAGGCUCCGGUUUUCAGGGGGUAUGAGGAGAGUAAGGAUAACCGGGAUGUUCAGGGAUCGAAGGAGUCCUCGCUGGAAGGGAUACGAGCGCAGAUUCAGGAGAUGCGUCAGAAGGCCGAUGAGUUUGAGGCAAGGAUUUGCAAGGAAGGCAAGUCGGAUUCUGAUAAGGGAGUUGCUCUGUUGGACAGCGGGGCGACGCAUGCGGUAAUUCCAUACCACACCCGCCUUCAAAACCUUGAGAAAGUCCCCGUCACCUUGGCAGGAGACGAGAAGCAGGAGUGGUUGAGAACCCAGGGCGGCACGUUGGUGGUGCCUCCGGACCCUGAAUCCCCUAGCCAUAAGCCCGUGCAGACCAUCCUACCCCUUGGGGCUCUUGUCGAGUCCUUGGGGUGCCAGGUGCAUUGGUCGAGGCGAAAGGGACUCCGAGUGAUCCACCCAACUCUGGGCGUCUUGAACACUCGAAUAUCUGAUAACACGUGUCCUUAUGUGGCCGAGGACCAAGCGCUCAAGUUGAUUUCGGAACUUGAAGAUCAGAGGUUGGAAAGGUUUAAGCAGAGAGUCCAGAACCUUGAGUGUCAUUUGGAGUCGUAUGACGCCCCUCCGGAUCCAACCGGUUCCUUAGGGCGCUUUGCCACCACUGGCACCCGGUUUGACGCCCUUCGGGCUUUCCUCUCUCAGCCUUAUCUUGCUGGCCUUCCUGAGGAGAUAAAGGUUGCUCUGGCGGAGGAGGUCCCAACGAGCCAUCCCGGGUCAGACCGUUCUCUGCUGAAGCUCCUUCCCUUGAAGCGAGCCGCCCGAAGAUCUCUUCUGGAUUCGACCAAGUGGGUUGUUCACCUAUGUAGUGGCCCCGCCCGAGCGCAGGACCCCUUGAAUGCAUGGGCACUGCAAGGAGGGUUCACCUAUCUUCAGGUUGAUCUGAUGCAACCAGGAGGUAAGGGUUGGGACCUUUCCAAACAAGAUGGCGUAUGGAAGGUACUCCUGUGGGCUGCCUCUCAGGGACGUGUUGCUGCGGUGUUCUCCUCUCCACCAUCUGCAAGGGCCGAUGAAGCCCAGUUGUUCACGGUGCAGGCUAUGCUGCUGUGGUCACUGGCUUCUGUAACCAGAGGAUGUGGGGUUCCUUAUGUGGCAGAGCAUCAAGGGAUUCUUGCUGAGGUGAGUUCGAGGUUCAUGAAGUGGUCGGGAACCAAAUGUGUUACGUUGAGUCAAGGGUCGCUUGGAGGUGAGUACUUGAGACCAACUUCCUUGAUCACCAAUUUGGAUAUCGGUUAUUUGAGUACCCUAGAUCCGAAGGGCAAUCCUGCGACACCGCCAAGGGGACGGGAGUGGACCUAUGGUCUUCGGGUAGAACUUGCAAAGGCUCUUGUAGGAAACCCUUCAGGACCGUCUUGCGAAGAGUUGGACCGUGUAAUCGCUGAGCGCGGAGGGCUGAUCCCUCCUAGCAUUGACCCACGCACGGUUCCACCUGAGGACCUCCCAGGUCCGGUGCCCUCGACUGCGCAGGAACCUCCUCGCGUUCCGGAUGAGGAGCUGGAGGCUAUGCUCAGAGCAUUUGAAGCUGAAAGUGUCAUAAAUUCUGAUGAUGAAGAAGCCCCGGAAUUCCGGGAAGCAGAGCUUGAUCCACCACUCGUCCAUUCAGGUGAAGGGAAUGAGGGAAAGAAUGGUGUCUCUGACCUCUUCAGCAAACCCCCUAUCCCUCCACAAGACAGCGAACUAGCAGAUUACGAGCCGUCUGAGGAGGAGCCAGAGUUAUUUCCGGAGCUCUUCGGUUCCCAGCGAGAACCCCCGAACCACUCACCGGUCCCCGUGGAUUCUCCUGAGGUGAAGCAUUCUGAGGCCGUGCCCAGUGGGCAUGAACCAUCUCUCCUUGAUGAGGAGGAUCUCCCGAGUGAUCCCCAAGCGCUAACCAAGUUGAUCAGUGAGCUGAGGGAACCUACCGACCAGGUGGUUCUCCGAUACUUCAUUCCACUCAAGACGAAGACAGGGGUUGAAGUUUCGGAAGCGCUACAGAAAAUGAUCUUAGAGAUAAACCAAAGGUUUCCAAUUCGAAGUCUACAUCAUGAUCCGGGCACUGAGUUCGGAUCAGCAGCCCUAAGCCGCUGGCUAGCCCAACAUGCUAUCCGAGUACAGCAUUCGCUACCGACUGAUAAGAAGGGCAAUGGACUCUCAGAGCGUACCGUAGGUUGGGUCAAGUCACGCAUUCGUACGCUGCUCAAUGCUGCUGCCCUUCCUGUGGGUUGGUGGCCACUAGCGGCCAGAUGGGCUGUGGCUAAGCAUAAUUUGAUGAUUUUGGGUGAGCCGGAGCUGCCAGCGUUUGGACAGCGCGUAUUGCACCGCAUUAAACGUCCGGCGGAUGGAGCCAAGCAGUUGAUGGAAGAGGACUCUGCUGAGCCCCCCUUGAGUGAGGCUGUGGAUGAGGACUGUAGCCUGGAUGCUGUGCGCCGUGUGCUUAAUGCCAUUGCUCAGGAGGAGGACAGUACCGGAGGUAAGCCGACGUGGUCCGCCUUGAUGUUGAUGACAGCCAGUGAUGUGGAUGUUCAUCGUGAUUGGAGGAAUGAAUGGGGAACGAUGAAUUAUGCCAUGCAUGUUCCCGGUGAGACCCGAGUGCUCACUGAGAUUCCAGUAAGCUUUAACCCUCGCAAGCACCAUGCUGUACGCAUGAGGGAGUUGGUUUAUUUGGAUUCCUGUGAGUUCCCGUUGGAGUUGUUGAGCACGGAGGAGCAAGAGGUGAGUGAGAUCCAGGUGCAGUCUUCGGUGGCCUAUCAGGUGAAGGUAGACACUAACUCAACUAUGAUUGGUUGGGAUUUUAGUGCUGGCAAUCCUGGGGAUGUUCCUCAUGAGUAUCUGGAGGGCCUAGAGCUUGAUGCUUACCUCCGCGCUCGGGACGCAAGUCAGGCUUAUCGCCAACUGAAGGCACUGGGAAUUGAAGAGCCGAAUGAUCUUCAGUUUCUGUUUGUUGAAGAUUUGGUUGAGCAUGGGAUCCCAGAGUGGCUUUCCAACCGAAUCAUGAUAGACAUACAUCCUCCGGGCACUCGUAGGCCGGACAACCCGCAGAACUCUAGCCUUACGACGGGGGAGGUUCGAGUGUUUGAUAAGGCACAGCGGCAGAUCCCCUGGAUCUUUCAGAAUAGGUGGUUUGCCCAGCUGAGCAUGCACCGUCGGAAGAGUCUAGUGAAGACCCGUGAGGCUCCUGAGUCAGAGCACCGUGUUACCACGAGUCCCCCAGUGACCAUUGACGUACCAACCACGGAUCCUCUGUUGAGUCUAGGUAGAAGGGGUCGCACCGUGCAGCCUGAACCAUUCGUUCGACGAGUUGAUGAAGGAGGGUUUACCUUGAACGUUGAAGACCUGCUAUCCAGUUUGAAGGGCCCGUUGGAGGUGACACACAACGUAUCGCCAGCUGAAGUCCGUCUGAAUCUGGCAAAGUGGCGCCCCGCUGCGAAAGCCGAGCUGGAUACCUUCGAAAAGAUGAGUGUGAUACGAAGGUUUUACGGUGAUGAAGCCCGUGCCAUUCUCCGAGAUCCGAAAUAUGAAGUUAUUCCUGGGAAACCUGUAUGUACGGUGAAACCUGGUGAGCCUUACAAAAGAAAGUUCAGAAUCGUGUCAUGUGGGAAUUUCGCGAAGACCACAGCUGAGUCUCAGCUCUAUGCUGGUGGAGCCGGCGCGGAGUCUCUGAGGGCAUUGCUGGUACACUCGGCCCGACGCGGCCGUCGUGCAUUUGGUCUUGACGUGAAGUCAGCGUUUCUCCUGGCUUCGAUUCCAGAGGGAGUAACGAAGCGUUAUGCGAUGCGCCCGCCACGUCUCUUGAUCGAGCUUGAGCUGGCGCGGGAGGACGAGGUUUGGAUCAUAGACCGGGCGCUCUAUGGAUUUAGAGAAAGCCCGCGCUGGUGGUCACUGUUCAGAGACGAUUUCCUGGUUAAGGCAAAGUGGAGUACCGAGCUGGGUGAAGUCACGCUUGAGCAGUUCUCGUCUGAAGGUAAUGUUUGGCGCAUGAGGCACGAGAGCGGCUACUGUAUUGGACACUUGUUGGUAUAUGUGGACGAUAUGCUACUGUUGACAGAACCAGAAGUGGCGCAAUCGUUCAUUGGCUGGCUAAGGCAAUCCUGGGAGUGCACAGGUCUGAAAGAGGCGACCUCAUCAGAUCCACUGCGUUUCCUUGGGGUGGACAUUUAUGCAGAGCUGAAUGACACCGGCGACCUUAUUGGAUACAGCCUAGCACAGGAGUCCUACAUAGCAGAGCUGUUGCGAAAUCAUGAAGUGAAGCCCAGUUCAAGGGCUACAGCGCCAGUUCCUAAGGAGUGGGUGCGUGAAGUUCCACCUGAGGAACAGUUCUCAGAAGGUGAGUUGCGAGCAUCGCAGCGCAUCACUGGUGAGCUGCUUUGGGUGGCUCAGAGGUCUCGAGUGGAUAUCAGUUACUGUGUGGGUCUCAUGGCCAGCUGGGUAGCCCGGUUUCCAAGGCAGGUCUUGAAGAUAGGGACCAGGGUUCUUGAGUACCUAGCGAAUACCAGGUCUAACAGGCUGAUGUUAAUCCCCGGCAAGGCCGACGGACUCCGAAUCUUUACAGACGCGUCAUUCGCACCGCACGGAAGCCACUCAAUUACCGGCAUAGCUCUUAUGUAUGACGAGUGCUGUGUAGUUUGGAAAUCAAAGCGCCAGAGCAUUGUAACUCUAAGCACCGCUGAAUCGGAGUUGGUCUCGGGUUGUGAAGGCGUAGUCUUAGGACAGUCGCUUGAAGCUUUGAUUGUUGAGCUUGAGGAAGGCCCGUGUUGCAAGCAUUUGAUGAUUGAUAACACCGCCGCGGUGACGCUGGCGGGUGGUGAGGGAAGCCAGCGAACUCGACAUUUGCGAGUACGUUCGGCUUUCAUUCGGGAUAUGAUAGACCGCAAUGAGAUUGACGUGUCCCACUGUCCGGGGGUUACCGUCGCUGAGCUGGGCCACCGCCUGGCUCCGGCUGCCAGAGCCGAAACCACGGAGGCACCGAAUGUGAACGUCGAUGGGUGUGACCCUCCGGGGGCGAUCUCGUCAGGCUCGUAA